AUGAUCAGAGGCAACGGUAAAGCUAAAAUUCCCACUGUGGGUUUUUGGUUUUAUCGUCGUAUGGUAAGAGAACGCGUCGAAAUGGACUGCCGGAGCUUUGUUUUGCGCUCAAGGAUUUGUGAGAUGGGUUUUAGUUCGGAUUUGAUAGUACAAAAUGGAUUGGUCCAUUUCUAUGCUGAGCGCGGGUGUUUGGAUUUUGCACGUAAAUUUUUCGAUGAAACUCUGGUGAAGGAUGUUGUUACUUGGACCUCAAGAAUUGAUAGGUAUGUGGUGCAUAAUUGCUCGGAUGAGGCUUUGGAAUUGUUCAAUCUGAUGCUGUUGAGUGAUAUUGAGCCAAAUGAGGUUACCAUGAUUGCGGUGGCCCAACAUCUGAUGGUGUUCCUAUGCAAAGCACUGAGUAGGCAUCUGGCUGAUCUUCGUCCAAUUUCAAUAUUUGGUAUCCUACUUUAG